CAGAGAACGAUUACCAAACGAAGAAGAGAUGGAGAACCACGAAAUUACAAGAAAAUACUGAUUGUCCACCCUCAACAGAAGGCGUCACCGAAAACCCCCAACGAUUUAAAAUUUGCAAGACGAACCCCCAGUGGCGUUUGAUCCGGACAAAGGCGACAAAGGUGCAGGCGAGGAGUGACCAACGGCUGAAACAGGACCAGCAGCGGUGGCGGCACGCAUUGUAAUUGGGGUAAUUGGGCCUAGUGGACGGGGCGUAAAAAUAGACACUUAGCAGACACCAUCGAGAAGGAAAAGUCUCGACCUACUCCGCCUUCACAUCUGCCUCCACCCCAUCCCCACGCAGCUCUGUGCUGAAUGUCCUACUGGCGCUGCUUGUGGGUAGCCGUAAAGAUGAUUUACCAGCUGCUGUGCUGCACCGUGAGCCUGCUAUUCUUCUGCUUUAACCUCCUAUGGCUGCUCUGCAACUUGGCCAUCCCGUGGUGCACUCUGACCCUGCUCCUUGUCUGCAUCGCCUCCAAGUUUGUGAAGCUGCAACGAAGUCCCAACGAGAAGCGUCUUCUCAGCCUUCUGAGCUCGCCGGAGGACAGGCCGAACUACUGGCCCAUCGCCAACCGGGCGGCCGGCUACGACGCCCCCGAGAACUCGAAAGCGGCUAUCAAAAAGUGCCUAACACGUGGGUAUCGGAACGUGCUGCUGGAUGCCUGCCUCACAUCGUGUGGGGAAAUCGUGGUGGCCAACCCCAAGCGGGUGAAUGUCGGCCAACAGCCGCUGGCGGAACUGCAAAAGUUGGAUAUCACGGAGCACCAUCCGAUGGGGUCCCAGUACGAGGCGGAGUCGGUGGCCACACUGGGUCAGCUCAACGAAUUCUUGGAGGAGGAGGCUGCACAAGUUACAAUUUUUCUGCGACUACACGACAACAGUGCCCGGACUGUUGAUCAGCUGCACAAGUUCAUGGUGGCUAAUGAGAAUUUUACACUACGCACCAUAGUCAUAAGUCGUUCCCCGCUGGCCAUUUACCAGCUUCGCAAGUUGCAUCCCGAAAUUAUCUGUGGCUUGUGGCAUGAAACCUACCUUUCCUUAGCCAUCCUAAAAUCCUCCACUCUGAUUACCUCAAUUUACGGCGCAAUCUUUCGCAACAUAAUCGCCCCCGUGAUCGGAAUAAGCGUCGUAUUUCUCAGCAAAGAGGAGUUUAACCUACACAUUGGCGAUUUGUGGCGCAAUGUCGGCGUUCGUCCGAUCGUCUAUAUGGUGAACUCUCCCAAUGAGAAGCGAUACUUCCAGAAGACCAUGAAGAUCCAGUAUCUUACGGAUUCACUGCGUUCGGAACCGCACCUGCUGAUGAAGGCUUAGAACUCAACGAACGAAACAUACACACAAAAGGCGCCCAAUCGCACAAACUGUUUGCAUUUAGCCAGCAGCCAGCUUAGCCCAUAAGAAAAAUUCGUUUCUACCUACCUUUUUUAUAUAUGUGUAGGACUGCGUUUUUGUAGAAGCUUUAGAAAGUAUUACCCAAACAGAACCAGUACCAGUUCCAGUACCAGUGAGAUUUAAUGCUAUGAUUUGCGUAUAUUUAUUUGAUGUAUUUUAAAUGCUAUAUUUUUAGUUUAUUUUUACGUUCCUUUUUUUGUUAUAUUUAUUUUUUUUAUGACUCUGAUAAUGAUUUGAUAUUAUUACUGUUCUGAAUAUUGGACUUAUAUACGAUAUGUGGCACCUGCCCUUUUGGACGUGCUAUAUACACUUUUUAUGUAUACUCUUACAUAACCGCGCAGCUUUUAUAGAAUUCCCAAUGUCAUUAACUUGUCCAAGACCAGUCACAACCACAAAUACUAUUAGGUCUUUUGUCUUAUGGAAGCUCUAUACCAAAAAAAAACAUGUAAUUGUAUGUACUUUGAAGAUGACCCGAACGAUACGAUUGAAAUAAAAAUAGCUACGAAAAUUAUUGAAAAA